AUUUUUUUUUUUAAUACUUUAAAAAAUAUAGCAAUUUAGUAUAAAUAGCAAGCAUUGAAAGUGCAUAAUUUGAUUUAGAAAAAUAUUUAAAAUUUGAAUAAAGUAAUAAUUUUCAAACAACUGCCUAAUAAAAGUAAAUACUUAAAGAUGAAAUUUUUUUCUUUUAGUUAUUCUUUUCUAAGAAAACAAAGAAAAAAGGGAUUCAUAUAAAAUAAAAGAGAUUUAUAUAAAAUAUGUGAGACUAUAAAAUAUAAGAUUAUAAAAUAGAAUAUUUUUAGCAAAAGUUAGGUGGGGCGAAUAUUAAGCGGAAGUUAUGAGAGGAUCGUACUGCGCAUGUUCAGACUAGUUGUUGAUAACAUGUCUACCAGUGAAGACGAUAAUGAGUUACGAGAUCUUUUGGUUCAAACUUUGGAAUCAAACGGCACACUGGCAAAGAUUCGGGCCCAGUUACGUGCAAGUGUUUUCUUAGCUCUUGAGAAGCAGGGGCCAAGCCAGAAUAAGGCUCCUUUGCUUAAUGCCAAGCUGAAAGCAUUUUUAAAUACUAAAGAUGGACAUUUAGCUGCUGUGUUGGUGCAUGAGUUUCUGGAAUUUUUUAAUAUGGAAUUCACAGAAGUUGUUUUUGAUGCCGAAACUGGAGUGAAUUUUGAUAAAGGUCAGAGAAAUGUUUUGCUGAAAGAUCUUCAUCUUCCCAAUGAUUUUGAUUCUGUCAAAUCUUCCCCAGUUUUAUCUCAAGCAAUUAAACAAAUUGGAAAACAUGCAGUUGCUGAAACAGAUAACAAAAACCAAAUUGUUCCUAAUGGCCUACCUGAAAGUUGUAUAGCUGAAGCAAAGAGAAAGUUUGAUUUGUAUGACAAGGCUCAUCAAGAGACUGUAGAAAAAGCUGAUGUGACAAAUAUAUUUUGUGAACUUUUCCCUCAUUUUCAUCGAAGUAUUUUGGAAAGAUUUGUGCAAGAAGAAUGCCAUAAUGCUGAGAAAGGCAACAACCAGAGAUAUUUUUGUUUGAUGCCCAAAGAUAUUAACUUUGACGAGUUCUUAACUAUGUACAAGCACCUGUUUGAAUAUUGUAAAAAGGUUGUCCUGAAAAGUUACGUUUUGGAAGAGAAAAAUAUUGGUGAAACCCCUGCUGUUAAAAAUAACAAACUUCCUGCUGUAAAUAAUUCCACAAAUAGAACUUUGGACCAUAAAUUGGGAAAUGGUUUUACUAAGUUAGAUGGCUCUGUGAACAGGAAAGCAGACUCUUUCAGUUUAUCGUCUGAUUGGAACAAUAUCAAAAGCUCUGACUCCAAAGCUCUCCCUCAACAAUCCUUGAACAGUUUAUUGCCAGAGACGCCAGAAGACGACCCUUUCUUCGAUGAUCCCUUUCUACCUACAUCUCCCGGACUCAAAGCAUUAAGUCGGGAUACCAACUGGGGCCAGAAAACUACUGCUGCUGAUGACUGUACCCUUUUCCAAGCUAAACCUGUAACAUUUGUGCCUAAAAUAUCAAAUUCUGCCAAAGAAAACAACGAAAUCCUUAACAAAGAUCCCUUAACGAACCUCAACAAAAAAGUUGUUGAUCUCAAGUUUGUGGAAACUUCUGGAAGUGACAAGAACAAUAUUACCACGACUACCACCACCACUACUACUACUGAGGAGGAGGAUGAUGAUGAUGAUGAUGACUAUGAUGAAGAUUUUGCCAGUGAAGACACCAACAGAAGCCGAUUCGAUGGAAAAGUCAAAAUAACUGGUGGCAGUAUUGUUGAAGAAAUUGAAGAAGAACUGGAUCUGUCUCAAGAACUGUCCAAAAGCGAAAACAGUGAACUUGCUGACCUCACGACAGACAAAACACUCUCCCAACCUGACAUACCUUUCGAUUACAUGGAAGAUGUCCUCUCUUCCUAGUAUCUUCUUUUAACAUUUAGCCUCUUUCCUCAUUUUCAAUUCAAUCUUUAUUUUCUAAACAUUUUAAAUCCUCCCCCCACCUCAACCGCGCACACAUAUUUAUAUAUGCACACACACACACACACACCCACCUACCUUCAAAUUUUAGAACAAGGCACCAUUUUAUGACUUUCAUUGCUUCGAGCUUUCACUGUUUCUCAAUGAGAGAUGUGGCUACGUAAACAUUUUAACAUAUCGCUGCCUGCCUUUUUGUAUAUAUAUAUAUCUCAAAUACAUGCACAUAUACCUUUUGGGGCUAAUAGAUGAAUUAUCCAUAGCCUGGUUCCAUGCAGGUGUCUGUCCUUUUCAGGCAUCUAAAAGGAUUAUCUGUGCAUAUCUGCUGUGUUUGGAUUUAGUGGCUGAAAUAUUGCACAUAUCAAAGAUUUUACACAUUUCCUUCUAACACUUUCAUGUGUUAAUCACUUUAAUAUUUUGGCACACAAAAAAAUUAUGUAUAUAUAUACCUGCAUAUAUAUAUAUAUAUAUACAUACAUGCAUUCAUAUAUAUGUAUAUACACACAUACAUGGACAUAUAUAUAUACAUACAUGUGUAUGUAUGUAUAUAUUUGUUUGGUAAUAUAUAUAUAUACUCAGAAAAAGGAGUUAAAACAUGAAUAUGUUUUUAUUAGUCAGCAGAAAUUACUGAGUGUCUCCUGGUGCAACAGUUUGGUGUAUUGGCAUUUACCAAACUAAUUUCGAUAAGUGCCAUAUGCAUAAAUCUCUCGGCCCUUCAGUGACUCUGUAAUGUCUGCUAAUUAACGUAGGACAGACACUGAAGUGAGAAUCACACAUUUCAUAUAAGGUUAUGUAGACGUGUACUUUAAUUCAAUUUAAUGUAGUUUUUGAAAUCAGUGUAAAUAUGCAUGUAAACACAUACACAUGGGCACAAGCAUGUGUUUGGUUGCUACAUUUUCUAUCAGAAAUAUAUACAUGGGGAAUCCUCUCAUUAUGUAUUUUAUAUGUAAAAAGUUUAACUACAUGUGCCAUCUGUGUGUGUCUGUGUAUAUAUAUGUAUACACCCACACACAUAUAUACAAAUACACGUGUAUAUACACAUUAUUGCCUCUCUUUACUUCUUUGUACAUGAAUUAAUGCAUCAUUAUACACAUGUGCAUAUAUAUAUAUAUAUAUAUAUGUUUGUGUGUGUACACACACACACACACAGUAUUAUCUAUGUAGCUAUAUAAAUGUGUGUAUAUAGAUGUAUGUAUAUACACACACACACAAAUGUUAUAUAUAUAUAUAUACAUACACAGAGGAACGUUUGUAUUGGAGCUUCUGGUGCAAAUUGCCAGGCAGUCCAGCAUGUAGUUUCCAAAUUUCAGGCAGUGAAUUGUGUCAUGGGGCUGUUUUUCUCACAGACGGUACCCAACUGACCCUACUAUACUGUGUAGUUGACAAAAUCAAAAACAAACCAUGCACAUGCGUGAAAUUAAAAAUAUAAAAUAGCGACAAAUUACCCAUUGCACCCUGUAUAUAUACACACAUACCACAGAUUCAGCUAAUUAUAUAUAUCUAUAUAUAUAUAUAUAUGUGUGUGUGUAUAUAUAUAUUCAGUCAUAUUGUUCACUAGAGAAUGUCAUCUUUUACUCUUAAUAUUUGUUUUGUAAAUAUACGAGGCAACACACCUUUAGAGACCAUUCCUUAUUUUUCAUUUCUUCAAUUCCAAUCUAAUUUAAUCUCAGGUAUGCUGUAGUCAUUGAUUGUUCAUUCAUUUGGGGAUCAUAUAUCCCACCCACCUUAAUUUCAAGUGUGUAAAUUAUACCUCACACAGAACAGUGUUAUAUUUCGAGAGCUUUACUUCAUUAUAAAUUUACUGAUGUAAAUAUUAUAUAUUUUGUGUCUUAACAAAAUUUCUGUGUAAAAAAAAAACGAACAAAAUGUCAUUAUUACCUGCCAGGACACACAGGGAAGUGGUUUCUUAAAGCUUGCUUUACAAACAAUUAUACAUGUUCAAGUGAAGUUAGACCAAAGAAAUAUAUUUUGUCAUACGUUUAGUAACUUACCAUUUUCUUUACCUUUGCAGCAUUAAUUCCAUGCUAAUGAAAAUGUAUUUUUCUUUUCUUUUUUCGAUUAGAAGUUUGUAGAUUUUGAUAUUAUAGAGAGAAAAGUUUUUACUGCAGAAUGCCUUAUCUAAACCAUUCGGUUAUAAAAUUGCUGUGGAAUCUGUAACCCAGGUAUAUUUAGGCCAUUUAUAUAAUUUGUCCAAGAGGCUGCUGCAGUAAGACUCCAACCUGUUCCAGUGUUGUCAGUUAUUUGUCUGAAAGCGUAAUCUCACAGCCAAAGAUCUUUAUUCUGCUUUCUUUAUCAACAAACUGCAACGUAAGAAACCAGGUUACUGCUCCACUGAAUGUCCAUAAAAGGUUGACAUGUUCUUUAAGGCAGGGUUAAGGGCUCAUCUUGUUUCCUACAAGUGUAGUAUUAAAAUCUUGACCUCUAAUUUUUGCUUGAACAGGUAGGUAGUUAAUCUGCAGGCACAACAACAUGGAAUUUAAAAAAUUUUUUUUUUUUUUUGAUCUCCAUGAAAUUCUUUCUUUUUGAGCCAUCUUGAUGUUGUGUGGAGAGGAGAAAUGGCUCUGUGGAUAACAUAUCAGAUUGCCUUUUCCUGUGUAUCAAAUCUUCCUGUCCACAAGUGGUCUUUUUUGUUGUGUUGUUGGCCAAACACUUAAUUCAGCAUUGCUUGGAUUCUUUCUCUGAAUAAUGUUACCUGUGAUAAACAGAUAGACUUCCUCGCCUUGGGGAGGUUUCACUCUUCUCCAUUAAACACCAUAAAUGUCUUGAAGCCAUUUAUGGUUUUUUGUUUGUUUUGUUUUCUACCACUGUGUUUUCAAGCUGGUAUUUAAUAAAGAGCAAGGCAUUGCACCACCAACAUCAUCAACAGUUUAACCAGCAUCAAUAAUAAUAUAAAUGCUAAGAUGAAUUCCAUGGUCUUUGCUUCACUUAAAAUUCUACAUUAUUUUACUCUGUGCAUUGACAAUAGGGAUGUUGAUGUGGUGAUGUGCAUGCAUUGAAAAUAAACUCCUUAGGUUUCUGAAGAUUUCUUUUGAAUUGUCUCCACCAUCAACUCCCUAAAGAUAACAGGGAUCUAAAUGAUGGUGGUUCCUCAAUCUCAUUUUUUUAUGCUGAACAAAAGGAGUAAGCCAGAGGGGGGGGGGUGAGUGAGUCCCAUCCCUCACCAAGCUUUACCUAUUAGCAGUUGAUUUUCAGCUUUGCAAGCUUAAAGGAACACUCAUCAGUUUUAUAGUGCUCUUUUGCUAUUUACAGUUGUAAGAUGGAGCCACUGUAUGUAGUGGACUGGGCCAUUGAGAGUUGAGUAUUUUUGCUAUGGACACAAACAUAGUAAUGGAAUAUGACUUGCUGAUCUUUCAGUGAGUUGUUUCUAUCAGUUUCUUUAAAAUAAAACUGAUAUUCCUCCAAAACAUUGCGCCUGGGUACCACCACUUGAAGGCAUUACUUUUGAAAGAAACGUCAGAUUGCUGGAGCAAACCUUAACCAUUUUGCAGGAGAAUUUGAGCUCAUCACCUCAAAGUAAAGAAUAAUUUAAGUUCACAGGGUUGUGGUACCUGUUUGCAGCUGGGUGGUCUGAGCUGUUACAGUUUUUAGAGAAAAGUUAUUAAAUAAAAAAAUAGUCUGUUAAAAUGGUUGACAUCUCACCCAUGUAUGGUCUUCUUCCAAUUCCCUCCUGCCCCCUAAAAAAAAAAGGAAAGGUUUAAGCAAAGCUGAAGAAAGAAGUAGGCUGUUACUUUUACGAAGAAUAUAUAAUCCAAAGGACAAGUUUCUGGUGAUAGAAAAAAAAGGUAAUUAGUAAUUAACAAUAAAGACAUCCCUCUCCCCACCGAAACAAACAAAAGUGAAUAAAAUAAAGACUUGGCAGUGCCCCAGCAUGGCCGUAAUAAUUACUGUGUGAUGUUGAUGAGAACUCAUCUGAAAAUUCCAACGUCUGUAACUUUGGGAUGUUUCUCAUUUUUGUUUUGCAGAACUGAACUUGUUUUUAUUAUUAUUAUUAGAAAACUUUAUGAAAUAAUAAAUAUAUGUUAACAUUUA